AGCGGAAGUGCCGGUCAGCUGACCUCCUCACGUGAUCCUCUGUAAGCAGAGAAGCUGAAUUUUCUCUUUUCUCCGUUAAAUCUUAAAAAUACCUGAAGAUUCGUGAUGGCCGGCCGCGGGAAACUGAUCGCCGUGAUCGGUGAUGAAGACACGUGCACCGGCUUCCUGCUCGGUGGGAUCGGUGAGCUCAACAAGAACCGGAAACCGAAUUUCUUGGUGGUGGAGAAGGACACGAGCAUCACGGAGAUCGAAGAGACCUUCAAGAGCUUCUUGGCUCGAAACGACAUCGGCAUCAUCCUCAUUAACCAGUUCAUCGCCGAGAUGAUCCGGCACGCCAUCGAUGGCCACAUGCAGUCCAUCCCGGCGGUGCUUGAGAUCCCGUCCAAAGAGCAUCCGUACGAUGCGUCCAAGGACUCCAUCCUGCGCCGCGCCAAGGGCAUGUUCUCCGCAGAGGACUUCCGAUAAACGGUGUGAUGGACCUGUUGUCUCUCUGUACAGUGAUGGUGGAUUCACUGUGCUGCGUUCCUUUAUGUUAUUAAUAUAUAUUACUGUGUGUGGAAACAUGAAGACAGAACGGCUUUAUUUCAAGAUUUCCUUCCUCAAACUGAAAAUAUCUCCUAAAAGUUUAUUUAGUUUGUCAGUGAGUGUGUUUGUUCCAGAUGUUGUAACUUAGAAAAACAGAUGUUGAAGAAAAUAAAUGUUGUUCUUUGUGA